AUGGAAAAUACCUUAUCUUUGACAAAAGAGAUAUGUAUUCCUGGAGUGGCUGCCGCUGCGCUUUCAGCAGUGGUUUUUGCACGGAUGAGACAUUCGUCUUUGGAGGUGUUGCUAUGCGGUUUGUCAUUUUUCGACGUGCUCGUCCUUUCCUCCACACUCCUAAUUUAUCCAGCAAUGAAUGCAUGUCAAAAUGAACCGGAUCCUACGAAUAGUAGCGUAUGUCACUUUUUCUGGAGAUCAACAUUAAUCGCCUAUCCGCUUUCGUUAAUAGCCCAAGCAGGAUCUGUCUGGACUUGUGUAGCGGUCGCAUGCGAUCGUUUCAUCGCUGUCUUUUUCCCUAUCAAAAAACGGGUCUGGGCCACUCGGAAGACUUCCACCUACGUGAUUUGCGGAGUGACCCUUUUUAGUGUUCUCUUCAAGCUUCCUGCCUUUUUCGAGAUAACCCUCAACGAAUACGGGCAAAUCACUCCAUCCUCGCUGCGACUGGAUCCCACCUAUCAACUUGUUUACAUGACCUACAUGUAUCUCAUCAUCAUUUUGCUAAUUCCUUGGACAGUACUUAUCGUUUUGAACGGAAUCGUCAUACAGAAGGUUCGUGAAGCUUAUCGUACCCACAAAAGGUUAACACAAAGUAGAAGUAGAGGGAGGAGGGACACUGAUGAAAGAAAGAUGACAGUAAUGACAAUAGUGAUGACGGGGAUCUUCGUUCUGUGCAACAUACCUCCGGCUAUCAACAACAUCAUCGAAUCGUACGCGCCACAGUACAGAGACAGUUAUCGUCAUCGAAUUCCGCUUUCGACAUUGCUUGUCUGCGUGAACAGCGCUUCCAAUAUCCUCAUCUACUGUUGGUUCAAUCGUCAGUUCAGGCGUUCCGUGUUUCGGUUGUGUAUUUCAAAAGCGUACAAAAGGCGUGCGUCCGCCUACUUGCGAGGUUCCAAAGAGUCAAAAGCACGUACCAGCGAUUCUACCAUCGUACCUCCACGAUCCGUCAAAAAUUCCAUCAUUUGA